AUGAUUAAUGAACUAGCUUUUAAGGCUCUUGAUCGUUCACUUAAGGACAUCAUGAGGUUUACUAACUUCAAUUCUGAAAAGAGACCAUUUAGAGGAAAAUGUGUUGUUCUUGGAGGAGACUUUCAUCAAAUAUUACCAGUUAUUCCAAAAGAAACUAGGGAGGACAUUGUUUCUGUAACAAUCAAAUCAUCAAAGUUGUGGUCUCACUGUAAGAACAUGAAGGACUUCAAGUUCUUUGAAGAAAGAGCGAUAUUGACUGCAACUCUUGAAGUAGUUGAGAUGGUGAAUGAAUUUAUCAUUUCUCAAGUCCUCGGUGAAAAGAAAGAAUAUUUGAGUUUUGACUCAUAUUGCAUAGCAGCCGAAGAUAUUGGGAUUGAACCUGAUUGCUUGUGCAAUGGAACGAGACUGAAAGUUGAAGAAUUAAGAAAUAACAUCAUUGGUUCAACUGUCGUUACAUGA